UAACUCUUAGCCUUGCCUAUCCUAGGUAGUUAUGCUGUGCAAUUUUUUUUAUUGGUGUACCAUGUUUGAUUUGUCCCUGAUAUCUUUGGAGUUUUUCUGAGAAAUGGAGCAGUAAUGCAGCAUCAACUUAUUAAAAUACAUUUUAAGCCUUUUAAUUUUCUGUGCUGUUUUUGAAAGGGAAUGGAGGGAGGGGAGUUCUGUCUCAAGAGCUGAGCAUAUGCUCUAGAAGGCUAAACCUUUAUUACCUUUUGCUCAAAAGUGUGAAUCCAUCUAGGCAAACUUGGAGAGAUUGGAUGCAUACUAUGGCUUAAGUGGUUGACAAAGAUUGGUGCUAUUGGCAGUACGUGACACAAUGAUGAAGGGAAAGCAGCUGUUUUGAAAGGGGAAGAAAAUGAACUGGAGGAACUGGGGUACCUUAAUUGAGCUGGGAAGGGUCUCAAAAUUGGGAUUCAAUUCUGAGCAGCUGCUAGCAUGUCAGAGGCUUGGAAUCGACCUGGUAAAUCUAAAAGUGUCUCAGCAGUGAUUAGCUGACCUCACCGAAGUUCCAAGCCCUACUCUGCUUGAUCCUUUUUUCUUGAGCCUCAGAGCUAAAAUGUUUCUGAGCCCCUUCCGAUUGGUUGAGAAGACCAAUUGAAGUUCCCUUGCCCAUGUUAGGAGGUAUACGCCUCCUGAACUAAAGAUAGAAACAGCUGACCCUUCCAGGCAGCUAAAAGCCUCCAGACUAAGAGGUGUUCCCUACUCGGCAGCCAGACUCCUUGAAAUACCCUUUCAGUAAUUCUACCAACGUUCUCCAUGUCUCUACUCUGCCAUAACAAAGGCUGUGGGCAGCACUUUGACCCCAAUGCAAACCUUCCUGAUUCCUGUUGCCAUCACCCUGGGGUCCCAAUCUUCCAUGAUGCGCUUAAGGGUUGGUCCUGCUGCCGGAAGCGAACUGUAGAUUUCUCUGAGUUCUUAAACAUCAAGGGCUGUACUGUGGGACCACACUGUGCUGAGAAGCUCCCUGAGGCCCCUCAACCUGAGGUGCCUGCCACAAGCAGUUCACUUCAGGAGCAAAAACCUCUGAAUACGAUCCCAAAGUCAGCAGAGACUUUGCGUCGGGAGAGGCCCAAGUCAGAGUUACCUCCAAAGCUGCUUCCACUAAAUAUAUCCCAAGCCCUGGAAGUGGCAUUGGAACAGAAGGAAUUAGACCAAGAACCUGGAGCAGGACUUGACAGUAGUCUGAUCUGGACUGGUUCCAGCUGCCAGAAUCCAGGAUGUGAUGCGGUUUACCAAGGCCCUGAGAGUGAUGCUACUCCAUGUACCUACCACCCAGGAGCACCUCGAUUCCAUGAAGGGAUGAAGUCCUGGAGCUGUUGUGGCAUCCAGACCCUGGAUUUUGGGGCAUUCCUGGCACAGCCAGGAUGCAGAGUUGGUAGGCAUGACUGGGGGAAGCAGCUGCCAGCGUCUUGCCGUCAUGAUUGGCACCAGACAGAUUCUGUAGUAGUGGUGACUGUGUAUGGCCAGAUUCCACUUCCUGCGUUCAACUGGGUGAAGGCCAGUCAAACUGAGCUUCAUGUCCACAUUGUCUUUGAUGGUAACCGUGUGUUCCAAGCACAGAUGAAGCUCUGGGGGGUCAUAAACGUGGAGCAGAGCUCUGUCUCCUUGAUGCCAUCUCGGGUUGAAAUCUCCUUGGUCAAAGCUGACCCAGGAUCCUGGGCCCAGCUGGAGCACCCUGAUGCGCUAGCUGAGAAGGUUAAGGCAGGGACUGGGUCAGAGAUGGAUGAGGAAGAAUCUGAGGAUUCAGAUGAUGAUCUGAGCUGGACAGAGGAGGAGGAAGAGGAGGAAGCGAUGGGGGAAUAGUGACAUCAGUCAAGUAUGUAGAUAUGACCUCAGUGGUUCCCUUAGAGUCUCAGAGACCAGGAUGUGGUUGGCCAUAUGCUGUUAAUGAGCAGCAGUAAGCUGAAGGAGGGGAGAACAAAAGUGUCCAAACCGUGCUGUUUUUUCCCUUAAAUAAAUCUUGUAUUCUGCAGUUUCA